UGUAGACCACAGCCCUGUACGCACCUACCUGUAGGUCUGCUGGGAUAUCGAGCUUGAAGUGUGGAGUUGGACAAUAUUUUCCUUUAAAGCUUUUGAGUCUGAAGGGUUUCGUCUGGGACAGACAAACAAAUAAGUGAACUCGGAAACUCAGGGCUUGUGCGAAGAGCGGCCUGCACCAUGUCUGGAUCUUUACCGUUCUACCAGAAGCACCACCGUCACUACGACCGUGGCUACCGUAACAAGGAGAUGGCAUCUAAAAUGAGCCAGUACCAGUCCAGCAGCAGCAGCAGCAGCAGAUACUUUGCGGGCAGCAGCACCUCCGCCACCAGCAGCAGCAGCAGCAGAGGACUUAAAGUGUCCUCACACUCUGGGCUGGAAGAGAGCAGACUGAGCCCCAUACCCAAGAGAACCAAGCCAACUUACUUGGCUGUGGACAAAGAAAACCAAAUCAUCGGCUAUGUAGUGCCUAUCUUCAGGGGCAGUCAAGAGUUUGCUACAGGAUUUUCGGAUACAGGCGAAUCAAGGGUGAGGGACAUGGCCCGCAGGGAUUUGUUCAGCAGCGGCCUGGAGAUGGAGAGGUCAGAGCAGAUCUCCAGGAAGCAGGCCAUGCGCGAGUCAGCUGAUCGCAUCUCUCUGAGCAAAAGGAUCCAUGAACACGAGGAACACUUCAAGCGUAUGAACGAAGACAGCCUGAUGCACCCCCCGGAGUUUGUGAUUAAACCUCGCUCCCACACUGUGUGGGAGAAGCAGUGUGUGCGGCUGCACUGCACUGUCAGUGGCUGGCCUGACCCACGGGUCGUCUGGUACAAAAACAAUGUGGCCAUUGACCCCAUGGCAAACCCUGGCAAGUAUAAGCUUGAGAGCAGAUACAGCGUCCAUUCACUGGAUAUUAACAGAUGCGAUUUUGAUGACACAGCUCAGUAUCGCGUCUCCGCCAUGAACUCCAAGGGAGAGCUCUCUGCAUUCGCCUCCAUAGUUGUUAAAAGGUUCAAAGGUGAAGUUGAUGAGUUCCUGCCAGCUCCCAGACGGGCCAUUACUAAAGAUGGCCCAGUGUCUGAGUAUGGCAUCACCUUCCAGACUCACAUUGUCGAUAAGUUUGGCGUGUCAUUUGGAAGAGAGGGGGAGACCAUGAGUCUGGGGUGCACAGUCGUCAUCUACCCGUCCCUGCACCUCUACCAGCCAGAGGUCCAGUGGUACAAAGAUGAUGUCCUGCUGUCUCCAUCUAAAUGGUACCAAAUGCGCUGGAGCGGAGACAGAGCCACACUGACGCUCACACACCUGAACAAGGAGGACGAGGGUCUCUACACCCUGAGAGUCACCACCAAGUCUGGAUAUGAAACCUACUCCUCCUAUGUCUUCGUCAGAGAUUCUGAUGCUGAGGUGGAAGGAGCUCCAGGAGCCCCUCUGGAUGUUCGCUGUCUCGAUGCCAACAAGGACUACAUCAUUGUCACUUGGAAGCAGCCGGCUGUCGAUGGUGGCAACUCCAUCAUGGGCUACUUUGUGGACAGGUGUGAGGUUGGAACCAACCACUGGAUCCAGUGCAAUGACACUCCAGUCAAGUUCGCCCGUUUCCCCGUGACCGGUUUGGUGGAGGGUCGUUCUUAUUUCUUCCGCGUGCGUGCGGUCAACAACAGCGGCAUGAGUCAUCCGUCCAGAGUGUCUGAACCCGUGGCCGCCAUGGACCCGGCUGACCGCGCCCGCUUGAGAGGUACUUCUGCUCCCUGGACUGGCCAAAUCAUUGUCACAGAGGAGGAACCUGCAGAGGGCAUUGUUCCUGGCAGACCUCUUGAACUCCAGGUGACGGAGGCCACCAAGAAUUACGUAGUGCUGAGCUGGAAGCCACCUGGAGAGAAAGGCCUGGAGGGAGUGAUGUACUACGUGGAGAAGUGUGUCUCGGGCACAGACAGCUGGCAGAGGGUGAACACAGAGAUCCCAGUCAAAUCCCCUCGCUUUGCGUUGUUCGAUCUGGCCGAGGGGAAGUCCUACAGCUUCCGUGUCCGGUGCUGCAACCCUGCCGGGGUCGGUGAACCCUCUGACCCCACUGAGGCCACCACAGUUGGCGACAAGCUUGAUAUCCCAUCAGCCCCCAGCAAAGUCGUCCCCACUAGAAACACAGACACGUCAGUCGUCGUGUCUUGGGCAGCGUCCAGUGAUGCCAAAGAGUUGGUUGGUUACUACAUUGAGGGGAGCAUCGUGGGCAGCAACGUGUGGGAGCCGUGCAACAACAAGCCUGUAAAUGUAACCAGGUUCAUCUGCCACGGUCUGAUGACGGGAGAGAAGUACGUGUUCAGGGUGAGGGCAGUGAACGCAGCAGGACUCAGCCAGUUCUCCCCAGAGUCUGAGCCUGUUGAGGUGAAGGCUGCUAUUGCCUCCCCUGCUCCACCCUAUGGCAUCAGCGUCUUGGAGUGUGUGCGCGACUCCAUGGUGCUGGGCUGGAAACAGCCGAGCUUCAUCGGCGGUGCUGACAUCACCGGCUACUUCGUGGAUUACCGCGAGGUCAUCGAUGGCGUGCCGGAGAAGUGGCACGAGGCCAACAUCAAGGCUGUCAGUGAGAGGGCCUACAGAGUGUCCGACCUGAUGGAGAACAGGAAGUACCAGUUCCAGGUGCGAGCAGCCAACAUGGCAGGUGUUGGGAUCCCGUCGCUGGCCAGUGACACCUUCCUGUGUGAGGAGUGGACCAUCGCUGUGCCAGGACCUCCUCAUGACCUGCAGGUGAGAGAGGUGCGCAACGACUCUCUGGUAUUGCUAUGGAAACCACCUGUGUACCAGGGCCGCGAUCCGGUCAACGGGUUCUACAUUGACAUCAAGGAAGCGGACGCCCCAGAGGAGGCGUGGAGAGGCGUCAACAACAAGGCCAGGGAGAAGACGUACAUGAAGAUUACGAACCUGAAGGAGGGAGAGGUGUACAUCUUCCGUGUUCGUGCUCAGAAUAAAGCCGGUGUUGGAAAAACAUCUGACGUGACAGAACCGGUUUCAGCUGUGACCAAACCUGGCACUAAGGAGAUCGUCGUGGACGUAGACGAUGAUGGCAUCAUCUCCCUGAACUUUGAAUGCUGUGACCUGACCCCUGACUCCAAAUUUGUGUGGUCCAAGAAUUACGAGGAGAUCACAGACCCCUCACGCUUGACUAUGGAAACCAAGGGAAACAAAUCGAAAGCUGUUUUCAACACUCCUGGAGAGGAGGACAUCGGCAUUUACUCCUGUAUCGUCACACACACUGAUGGAGCUUCAUCCAGCUACGAUCUCUCUGAGGAAGAGUUGAAGAGGCUGCUGGAGGUCAGUCACGACCACAAAUUCCCCAUUAUUCCCCUGAAGUCACAGUUGGCUGUGGAACUGCUGGAGAAAGGCAGAGUUCGCUUUUGGCUGCAGGCCGAGAAGAUUUCUGCUGAUGGCAAAGUCGAUUACGUGUUUAAUGAAAAUCUCAUCUCUCAGGGGGAGAAAUAUAAGAUGAACUUCGACAAGAGCACCGGUGUGAUCGAGAUGAUCAUGGAGUCUCUGACCCCAGCGGACGAGGGCACCUUCACCUUCCAGCUGAAAGACGGGAAAGCAACCAACCAGUCCAGCUUGGUGCUGAUAGGAAACGUGUUCAAGGAGCUUCAGAAGGAAUCAGAGUUCCAGAGGAAAGAAUGGUUCAGAAAGCAAGGUCCUCACUUCAUCGAGUAUUUGAGUUAUGAGGUGACGCCCGAGUGCUGCGUUGUGCUGAAAUGCAAGGUCGGCAACGUGAAGAAGGAAACCUCGGCGCUGUGGUACAAAGACGGACGAGAGAUCAAGGCAGAAGAGCAUCUGAGCUUCACAGAGGGAGUGUUGAAACUGGAAAUAGCUCAGAUUUCCAAGAGGGAUUCUGGUGUGUACGAGGUCGUUCUGAAGGACGACAGAGGAAAAGACACGUCCACAUUGAAUUUAACAGAUCAAGGUUUCAAGGACUUGAUGAAUGAAGUUUUCAGUUUUAUUGCCAAUUCCUCCACUCCACUGAAGAUCACGAGCACAGAUGAGGGCAUCCGACUCUACACCUUCGUCAACUUCUAUAACGAUUUACUCCAAGUGACAUGGCACUACAAAGAAUCAGCCAUCGCCUUCUCUGACCGUAUAAAGAGCGGCGUGGUGGGGGAGCAGCUGUGGCUGCAGAUCACUGAGCCCACAGAGAAAGACACGGGCAAGUACGCCAUCGAGUUCCACGACGGAAAGGGAGGCCUGAGGAGAACUGUAGAGUUGUCUGGUCAAGCAUUUGAUGACGCUUUUGCAGAAUUCCAGAGACUCAAAGCCGCUGCUGUUGCAGAGAGAGGUCGUGCUCGAGUAGCAGGAGGUUUGCCUGAUGUGGUCACCAUCCAGGAGGGCAAGGCCCUCAAUCUCACCUGCAACAUUUCGGGAGACCCCGUGCCAAAGGUCACCUGGCUGAAGAACGACAGGGAAAUCACGUCCGACGACCACUGCAUCCUGAAGUUCGAGUCCGGCAAGUUCGCCAGUUUCACCAUCACGGCUGUGAACACGUCGGACACCGGAAAAUACAGCAUCCUGGUGAAGAACAAGUACGGCACAGAGAGCGGGGACUUCACCGUAAGUGUCUUCAUCCCUGAAGAGGCGGCCGGCAAGAAAAAAUAGAAGCGGUCCAAAUCUUGUCUAAAUAUGUAUAAAAGAAAAAAACACUGGAAAAAAAUAUUGAAGGAGAAACGAAGGUGUGAGGAUGUUGUGAGGUGUUUGUGUAGAAUUAAAAAUUAACUCUUGAGGUGCUAAAACACAAAGUGUCCAACAGUUAAGACAGAAAUACAAAGAUGUGAUCCAAUCAUAACGAAUCUGACUGAACAUAAAGAGGUAUGUGUGACCCAUUCAAAAUGUCACUGGUGCAAUUUUAGUUUUUGUUUGUGUAAAGUUGUUUUUGUGCAGAGAGGAACAUGUUGGCUCCUGUUUACUGCAGAGGAGGAAAUGACACAUUAGUUUAAGAUAAAGUCGUGUUGGUCGGAUGCAACAUGGAGAAAACCAAUCAUGAAGUCAGUGUUGAAUGAAUAUUAAACCCAGUGAUGUCUUUACAUGUUUUAUCCUGUUUGCCUCAAAUUAUUGCCUUAAUUGCUAAAUCACAUAAAAAAAUUAAAUAAGCUGAGCUACUUCUUUUAGUUCAUCAAGACAGUUUUCAUCAAGAUCCAUGAGUUAUUCCCUGGGAAAUCAGAAAGUGAAAACAAUUCCAGGAUUUGCAUCUUUGUUCGAAUCGAAGUUUUCUGGAAAUCUGUUCAGCAGUUUUUGUGUAAUCCUGAUGACGAACAAACAAAGGGACGGGGGUGAAAACAUAACCUUGGCGAAGGUUAAUAAAAAGAGGACAUGGUGUUUACAGACAACUUUAAAAUCUCAAAAUCACAAAUGGCUUUUCUUUAAUCCUUCACUGUCACAACGAACAUGUGCAGUCUACCUUUCAGAUCAUUGCAAUUUUCAUAAUGAGGCUUUUCACUUCUAGAUUUAAUCGGCUCUAGCUUGUAGGUUAAUCAAGAUCAUCUCCAUGAGUUCCUUACUCUCCUUGUGUUUUUGGAAAACAACCUUUGAAAUGAAGUGAUGUAAAGUCUGCCAUGACUCGACAGCUGGAGAAACUUUGUCUCAUAUUCAGACUGAACUGAGACAAAGUUGAAAAAAAAAAGUUGGAAAUAAAACACGUGAAUUAGCAGAAGUGAACAAAUUAGUUGCAAAUGGACUAAAACGUGGUUCUUUAAUGAAACGUGUCAUUUCAUCAGCCCUGUUUUCUCUUUUGUUCCAUCACAGUCACUUUGAAUGUUGAGAUCAUGAUGUCACUUCCCUUCUUUUCAUGUCUGUAAUGAACACGUCAGCCCACUGUCUACUCAUCGUUAUUAUUAUCCACCGCUGUUAUGACUUCCCCUUCACUGUCCAUCAUGUCUCCUUUAUUCAUAAUGAUGAUGAUAUGAUGAAGAUCACCAUAGUGAAUAGUUCCUGUUCCCCUGUUUUUUGAUGAGACUAAUAAAAAAUGAGCAUGUUCUCCCCCCACUUCCUC